GUUUUGACUGACAGGUCGACGGGACAGGAGUUCGCUCUGAAGAUCAUCGAUAAAGCUCGCUGCUGUGGGAAGGAGCACCUGAUAGAGAAUGAAGUGGCCGUGCUGCGGCGGGUUCGACAUCCCAGCAUCAUCCAGUUAAUCGAGGUGGACGAAACGCCGAGUCAGCUGUUCCUGGUCAUGGAGCUCGUCAAGGGCGGCGACCUGUUCGACGCCAUCACCUCCUCCACAAAGUACAGCGAGCGCGACGCCAGCGCCAUGGUGUUCAACCUGGCCGGAGCCAUCAAGUACCUGCACCGCAUGAACAUCGUCCACCGAGACAUCAAACCCGAGAACCUGCUGGUGUGUGAGUACCCAGACGGCACUAAGUCACUGAAGCUGGGGGACUUCGGUUUGGCGACGGUGGUGGAGGGACCGCUGUACACCGUCUGUGGCACGCCGACGUACGUUGCCCCGGAGAUCAUCGCUGAGACUGGUUAUGGUCUGAAGGUGGAUAUCUGGGCGGCGGGAGUGAUCACCUACAUCCUGCUGUGUGGAUUCCCUCCGUUCAGAAGUGAGAAUAACGUCCAGGAGGAGUUGUUUGAUCAGAUCCUCAGAGGGAAACUGGAGUUCCCGUCUCCAGACUGGGACACCAUCAGCCUCCCAGCAAAGAUGCUGAUCAGUCAGAUGCUGCAGGUGAACGUGGACACUCGUUUCACUGCGGAGGAGGUCCUGGCGCACCCCUGGGUGACGGAUGAGGCUCCCGUAGACUCCAGCACUGUGAGCAGCACUGAAGAACCGACCGGCGGAGACGCACUGGAACCGGAGCAGGAAUCCCCAAUACUGGAAACCAAACAAAUUCCCUCACCUCUGGUCUGAAACACAUCCAACCUUUCAUCGACUGGAAACCCAAAAAGUUUUCCCACCUCGGGUCCCUCAAAUCUGAUCAGGAACAUGUUCAUUUCCGUGUACUGAAAACUAAAUGGUCUGGAGCACUUCCUCUUUCAUCAACCAGCCAAGUUCCUUCAAGUCUGAAAUAGAAUAAGUCAACUUUUUUCAAUCAGAAACCAAAAGAGAUUCGCUUCUCUGUUCUCGACUCCGGCAAGCCGGAUGGGUCGACCUAAAUCUGGUCAAGAACAUCCUCCUUUUCGUGUACUGGAAACUAACGAGAUCCCUCAAAUAUGGUCUAGAACAUAUCCCAUUUCAUCAACUGAAAACCAAACAAUUAUCCAAAUCUCUGCUCUAAAACUCCUGUGAACGGUACAUGAACAUGUACUGGAAGACAAGAAGACAAGUUUCGUCACCUCUGGUCUAAAACACGACUGAAAACCCAAAAAGUUUCCCACCACUAGUCUAGACUACCAGAAAACAAGAUGGGUUCCCUUAAAUAUGGUCAAGAACAUGGACCUUUCCCUGUUCUUGAAACCAAACAAGAUCCCUCAAAUAUGGUCUAAACAUGUCCCCUUUAAUCUACUGGAGACCAAACAAGUUCCUUCGUAUCGGAUCUAGAACAUGUCCUCUUUUAUUAACUUGAAACCCAAAACGUUUUUGCCAUUUUUGGACUAGAAUCCUUCAGGAAACUAAAGGAGUUUCCAUAAAUCUGGUCUAGAUAAAAGUAAACUUGGGGUCUAGAAAACAUCCCAUUUCAUCCCCUGAAAACCAAACCAGUUAUUGAAAAUCUAGUCUAGAACUCAUUAAGUUUCAUAAAUUUGAAACCAAAUAGUUGCCCAUAAACCCGGUCCAGAACUCAACUGAAAGACAAAUAGGGUCCCACAAAUUUAGUCUAGAACUCCUUUUGAACAUGUACCCUUUAAUAAACUCAUAAACAAACAAGACCCCUCAAAUAUGGUCUAGGAUGUCCCCUUUUAUCAUCUGGAAACCAAACAAGUUCCCUGACUGGUGGCCAAGAACUGGUCCUAUUCUUUCCACUUUCUCGCUUUACUGGAAACCCAACAAGGUCCCUUGUCUCCAGUCUGGAAUAAUUGCUUCAACUCGAUGCCAGAUGAGUUUCCCUCUCUGUUGUUUUUUAGGACGUUACAUUUUAUCAACUGAAGACCGGACAAGAUUCCUCACGUCUAGCUGAGGACAGAUGCCGGUUGCUCCACUGGAAACAAAAUAAAUAAAGGUCUCCACUGUGUUUCUCCAGUUUGUCUCAUGGAAAUUGUCCUCGCCUCUUGUCUGGACCAGCAUUAAUCUACUGAGGACUUUCCCGAGUCCCGUCUCUGCUGCUGCACCGGAAAGUAUUUACGUCCUCUUUGAUGAGCUCCAUAAAAACAUGCAGACUCAUUUUGUUUUGGCCCUGAUAAAGUCGCCUCACUGCUACUUGAAGGACACACUCCAUGUCAACACUGGGACACCAUGAAGGUGCUGUUGGACACAUCCUGAUUCAUUACCAAGUGUCUAAUGGGACUGGACCCAUUUCCUGAAAAUGGCCCUCACCUCUGGUCCGAAUGACGCUCAACUCAGAGGCUCCGAAAAAAGCCUCAAACCACUUUCAUAGAGUUAUGAACAACUGAUUCAAUAACAAACGUUCCCUCUGGUUUAGGGAUUAUUUUCUCAGUAGUCCCUGCCGCUUGGCGACCAGGAUGUCUUCCAUUUAUUCUGGGAAACGUCCCAUUUCUCCUGCCUUUACCCUCCAGCUGUCCUUCGGCUGACCUGAAGGACGUUUCUCGUUUAUUGUACUUGGCGCCCAACCACCCAAGGAGAUAUCUGAGUACUGUGCCUGUUUACGCUGCUGAUGAAUUCCUCUUAAUAUCCUAAAUCUCAGCCCUUUCCUUCCACAGGUUCCACUCUUCAG